AUGGCAAGAGUUUGGCUGGUGACUCUUCUUCUUACCAAACUGUCUGUGUUUGCUGAUCUGAUUGAUCAUAGCCAGAUUAAAGUUACACCAGCACACGGUACCAUCGUUGGUGUGUUUAAAGUAUCAUACGGAGAUUAUUCCUUCAAUGCCUCCACGGCUAGAGAGGUGUGCCAGGUUUUGGGUGUGACCAUUGCAUCCAAAACUCAGGUACAAGAGGCUCUGAGUCAUGGCCUGGAGACAUGCAGGUUUGGCUGGACAGAUGAGCAAGUUGCGGUUAUUCCUCGAGUUCAGCAAAACCCAAAGUGUGGAAAUGGCAAAAUUGGACUUGUGGUGUGGCGUGCUGAUGUUAAUAAAAGAUUUGAUGUCUUUUGCUUCAAUGCCACAGAUUUAGAGGCACAGAUCCAGGUCACCACAGCUGAUGUCCACACUACCAGGAGAGAUCUGACUUCAACGCAAUCCUCCCUUCUUUCUACCGGUGAAGCUCGCUUUGAUAAAAGUUCUCGUUCAUUUGCACAUGCCUCUGAGUCCUCCUCCACUCUCACCUCUCUCAGUGUCUCUCCUUCUCCAUCUCACCAUACAUUACUGGAAUACCCAAAGCAAAUGCAGAAGCCUCAGUCCAUGAGCAGCGAACCGUCUUCAAUUGGAACUGUCCCUGCUGUAUUGCUGAUCACAGCCAUCUUCACAGUUCUACUGACAGUAGUUAUCGCAGUCUGGCGUUUCAAAAUGAAACAGCACUGCGUGUCCUGCUGGGAUGCUGAGGAGCAGAAGGAGUACAUUGAAACUGAAGUGUGGGACCAGUCUAAUGGGAAAGAUCAGAGAGAACCACAGGCAGAGUUUAAGGAGGAUCAGAGCAGAAAAAACUCAAAUGACAUUAGUGUGAAAAUGACCCCUGAGACUGACACAGACUCUUAA